AUGCCUCCCUUCCACGCAUUGGGCCCCAAGAAGCAAGAGUCAGAAUCGGUGCCGAAAAUCAAGGCCGUCGGUAACGCAGGAGAAUUUGACGGAUCGAUCUGGCACCCAGAGCAUCCCUACCGGGAUGCCUUCGUCAAGACCGGCCUCAGCGUGGGGUCUGCCCUCUUGUUCGGCCUGGGGGUGUGGGCUUGGAAGGGUGCCGACUCAGGACUCGAAUACUAUGCUGGUUAUUUAGUGGAGCAGUCGCUCUCCGUUGACAACCUCUUCGUGUUUGUGGUACUGUUUGAGUACUUCAAAGUCCCCACGGACUUCCAAGGUCGCGUUUUGAGCUGGGGUAUAUUCGGGGCCAUGGCGAUGCGCGCAGUGAUGGUCUUCGCGGGCGUGGAGGCCAUCGAAAACUUUCGGGUAGUUCUCUUGGCGUUUGCUGGCAUUUUGAUUUUCACGUCCGUGAAGCUUCUGGCCGAGGACGAGGGCGAGGGAGGUGAGGAGGAUCUGGCAGAUAAUCAGAUCGUCAAGUUUGCCCGGUCCUUGAUCACGACUGUGGACACGUACGACGGCCCCAAUUUCUUCACCGAGGUGCCUGGCCAGGGGAGAGUAGCGACUCCGCUCCUCCUCGUCCUGAUCUGCGUCGAGCUAUCUGACGUGGUCUUUGCUGUCGAUUCCGUCCCGGCCGUGUUCGGCGUGACUAAGGAUCCUUUCAUUGUCUACACAUCAAAUAUUUUCGCAAUCUUGGGCCUGCGCUCGUUGUACACCGUGCUGGCCAAUGCCAUGGUUGACUUGCCCUAUCUGAAGCCUGCUGUCGCCUUGAUUCUAGGACUCGUGGGGUUGAAACUCGGAGCUGAAUAUUUUGGCUUCGAAGUCUCAAACGCUGUAUCACUGGGAGUGAUUACGUCAUUGCUUGGAUCGGGUGUGUGGGCCAGUUUGUACCUCAAGCCUGAUCGGGAAGGCAGAUGA